UGGAGAGGCAGUGCGGCAGUAGUGCUUUUUGUUUCGAAUGGGAGGAGGAGUGGAAACGGAGUAACCGGUACACGCAGUGACUCCCCACUGCGACCGUGGCUGUGCGAACAGUGUUGAACAACAGGCACUAACAGGCACCGGCUGACAACUCGAAUAACGGGUUCUCUGCAGUCUGCUCCGGAGCGCUCCAGCCAGGGCGAGCUGCUGCUCACACGCACACACACACACACACGAUCGAUGUAGCCAGGCUACCGGUACCUCCUUAGUUUACCGCGUUUUGCCGCGUACACCAGACUGAUCAGUGCACAGCGGCAGCGACAACAAGCCAGAAGAGCGGCGCGGUCGCUCGUUUGGGAACAGCGCUCCCGAGUUCCUGCCCGGCGGUGGUGUCCUUUUCCCCGUCUUCUGUCCCCUCCCUCCUUCUCCUCCCUUCUCCAGUUUCCUGCGCGGACUUCCUCUCUCUCGGCCGGACCUGCGGUUGGACGGAGGAAGCGGAGGAGGAGGACGACGAAGACCAAGACUCAGAGGAAGAGGGGACGGACGCACUGGGGAUUCAGAGGAGCCGCUCGGUCGCCCCGCUAUGGGGCUCAUAGCCGGGCAGGAACUGCCCCACACGGCUCCCGCUCCGCUAUCCGCGCCGGAGGACUUCAAAUCCGCUAGAGCGCCCAGAAGAGAUGCGAGAGGAGUCAACACCACCAACUUGGUGACCAACUCUGAGGCAGAGAACAUGACAGAGGAGAAGCAGCAGCGGUGGGGUGGACGGACCUGCACCUUCACCGAGUUGUCCGUGGACGCUGAAUCUGAGAUCUCAGAAAGCAGACGGAAACCACCGUUUGUGAGGUCAAAAGCUAUUGAUCAGCCUCCUGUGUUGCAAAGUCCAAGUGACUAUGAACCGAAACUUGAAAGGACGAAAUCUCAAUCUACCCAGUUUUCCAAGGCAAACGCCCACUAUCACAAAACUUUUAAAGAGAUCAGUAAAGAUGAGCUCCUUCGACAGAGUUACACAUGUGCCUUGCAGAAAGACAUCCUCUAUCAGGGAAAGCUGUUCGUCUCUGAUAACUGGAUCUGCUUUUACUCAAAAGUUUUUGGGAAAGAUACUAAGAUCGCUAUACCAGUGCACUCUGUUACCUUCAUUAAAAAAACAAAAACAGCUAUUUUGGUGCCAAAUGCACUAGUCAUUAACACCACAAAAGAGCGGCAUGUGUUUGUGUCGUUCCUUUCCCGCGACACCACAUAUAAAUGCCUGAAGUCCAUCUGUCUUCAUCUGGAUGGUGAUAACAUGUGUAGCAGCCCCAGUCCCUCCUCUGUGGAGAAUAGUUUCAGAGUGGAGCGACCCGCUUCGAUUCCGCUGGACUUCUCCAGGGACUUCACGGACCUGGAUCGAGUGGUGAGGCACAGGAGGCUGGAUGCCAUGGAGAGCAGCAGCUCCGGCUCCCAGACACCAGACUACGAGAAAAUUCCAGAGUUCUCCAGUAUUCCCCAGUCCUUCCUCAGUGGAGAGGUGGCAGUGCACGCAGACGUCCAUUGCCAGCAGACCCCCGAGCCCAAACACUGCCAGUAUCGGAAUGGUCUCCCUAAAGCUGCAAGUGCCGGAUGUGAAGUGAAAUCCAUUCAACCCUCCUCCCUGAAUACGCUCAUCUUUAUCUAUUUGUUUUUAGUGUCUGUUCUGGUCUUUUCCUCAUGUUAUAUGGCUUUCAAGAUUGUGGCUCUUGAGGAGCGGCUGAACUCGCUGGGCUCUAAGACGGAGUACCCCCACAAUGAAAAUGUACUGCACCACAGAGUCCAGGCAGAGUUCAAUGCAGAAAUCUACGGAGAACUGUCUACAAAUCUGUUCAAGUUAGAAAAGAUCCAGAAGAACUUGCAGAAGCUGCUGGAGGAUACCUAGAUGUUCCGUUGUGUACCACCCUGGGAAUGCUGCACAACAUGAGUAAAGCCUGCAUCUUCAAUAAAGAAAUGUAGGCCUUAGUCUGAAAAAUGAACUUUUUUAAAAUAGUGCAAUAAGGUUUUUUUUUUUUUUUCUUGCUUUUUUCAGUUGUCUCAGGACUGAACUGCACUAUACUUGUGCUAAGCAUAACCCUGUCAAAACAGAAAGGACUGAGUAAACAAGGUAGUGCUUUUUUCCAAAACUGGGACCCCAGUAUGGACCAAGAGGUGUUUGCAGACACUGUUGGCCAGUAGGAUGGAACUGGCUAUCAGUAAGGCUGCUGUGUUCUGCACCCUUCCACACAAGCCUUAAAAUGCUGAUUCCCCCCCCUUGCUUGUUCUCUCAGCUUGUAAAGAAAUCUAUCACCAAUAAAAUAAUUUCUGGUUAUUGCAAAAACCAUUAAUUAUAUGUUCACAUUCACAGAAAAUGAAACAUUAAGGGUAUGCUUUUGUCAAAUCAAUGAUAUAUCAGUAGACUGCCUUUGUCACAUGCUUGGCUUCUGUUGCUUAUUGGUCUGUUGAGAGCUAUCUCAGGCUGACACUUCCAUAACUAAAGUUGUAAUAUUUGUGGAAUGGAUACGAGCAAAGGAGUGUAUUUUCACCAAUUUUAUCUAUGGUCUGGGUAGUACAAUUGAUGGAGCUGGUGCUUAUGCUCAGUUUAAUUGAGCUGUGCACCUUCACAUACCUUAACCAUAUGUGGUAAAAAGUCUAGUGCGUAUGUAGUCAGCUUAAAAUAUUUAUUCAUCUGACAAACUGUUUUGCCAAGGAAGUAGCCUGGAUAACAGAACAAUGCCAUGGACAGAAUUCCUCCUGUGCUAUGUUAAAUUAAGUUCUGUAUACAGGCAUGACAAGCAUUGUCUUUAUCAGCUAUGAAAACUUGAUACACUUUUUGACACUACAUUUUUAGAUUUACUGGGGUAGGACCUCAUAUCUGAAGUACUGCUCCUGUGGAGGUUGUACUUUAUAAUGUAACAACUACAUUCACUCAGAAUUCCUGUGAGGAGUAGUUUUACCCAAAUGGAAAAUGUUUAGAUUUAAGUCUUUUUUUUUUUUAUUUUUAAAAAAAAAAAAGUAAGACAAAGCUGGAAGAAAAUUUUGUUGAGAAUAGGUUAUGAAAGGUAUCCAUGUGGAAACACUGCUGUAAUUACUUUUGCCAAGAGAGCAGUAUAGUGGUGUACAAGUCUUUGGGUGACAGUUCAAAUCUCAUAUCUGUAUGGAGUUUCCAUCUCCUCAUGCUUGCAUUGGUUUCCUUGCAAGCUUAAGAUUCUUCAGGUUACAGAGUGAACCUAAAUUGCCUUUUAUGUUUAAUAACCCUGCCUUGUACCCUGUUGGCUAGAACUGGGUAAGGACCAUUGUCACCCUGAUGUGGAUACCAUAACAGUUGUAUUUCCAACCCUGCCACUUAAAGUGAUAGACAAACAAGGCAACAUUAGUGCCCCCUGCUGGUGAGCUAUGAUUAGUUUACAAGGGCACAGCACCUUCUGCUACUAGAUAGUUUUUGCCUCUUCCCUAGUAAGAUUGAGAGAUAUCUCUCUCA